ACUCUCUCAUUCAUUAAAACAAAAGCCGCUCUCGCCUCCCCUGCCCUCGCCAUUCGCCGCCUCCUCGCCGAACGACUAGUGACCAAGACGACAGUCCGGCAUCUCAUCGUCUGACUCUCUCGACCGCCGUCCGACAUCUCUCCCUCCGUCGUCAGUCGUCUCUCGUCUGGAGUGCUCGACGGCCGCGGCCUUGCCCUGGUCUCUCGUCUCUCACCGCCGUCUACUCUCCCUCCGUCGUCCGAAGUUUUUAGUGUAAACAAACGGGACGGGUCACCACCGUUGCUGCUUCAUACGCCUCUUCCACCGUUCUUCGUCAGUUUGUGCUCCACUAUUCCAGGGUGCAGCUGCCACUCAUAUCUCAUCUCACAAUCAGCCCCUAAUUUCUCCGUUUCGAAUCGUCAUCCCCAACGAAGUCUGUCACCAAAGUACAAGCUAUUCAAUUUCAAUCAUAAUCGCAUCAAUCUUCACCUCAAGUUCUUGUACUGAUUCAACCCUCAGUUUCUAACUGAAAAAGAAAAGAAAAAAAUCCCCAGUACUCUAAUCCUUGAUAAGCAAAUGGAAGCUAAAGAGCCAAUUAUCAUCUCGGGGAAAGAGGAGAUGAGAAAAUGGUCAAGGUCCGUGAGAGCCCAAGGCAAGUCCAUAGGCUUUGUACCCACCAUGGGCUAUCUCCACGAAGGCCAUCUUUCCCUCAUCAGAGAAUCCCAGAAACAUGCGGAAGUCAUAGUGGUUUCCAUCUAUUUGAACCCCGGUCAAUUCUCUCCCAAUGAGGACCUCUCCACAUAUCCUUGUGAUUUUCUUGGGGAUAUUCAAAAGCUCAAGUCAAUCCCUGGCGGCAUUGAUGUUGUGUUCCACCCCCAUAACCUGUAUGAUUAUGGAGACGGUGAUGGAUCUAAGAGGAAUGAAGAAGAAAUGGGUAAAAGAGAAGGAAAAGUGGUGUCUUGUGUGGAAGCUGGGGGAGCAGGGCAUCAGACGUGGGUCAGAGUUGAAGGAUUGGAUAAAGGGUUGUGUGGGAAAAACAGGCCGAUUUUCUUCCGAGGGGUUGCAACUGUUGUCACCAAAUUGUUCAACAUUGUUGAGCCUGAUGUUGCUGUCUUUGGUAAGAAGGAUUAUCAGCAAUGGAGGAUUCUUGAGAGAAUGGUGCGAGAUCUUGAUUUUGGAAUUAAGGUGAUUGGCGCUGAGGUUAUGCGAGAAGAUGAUGGCAUUGCGAUGAGUUCUCGAAAUGUGCGGCUCUCUCCAGAUGAGAGGAAACAGGCUGUGUCUAUAAGUAGAGCACUUUCAGAAGCCAAGGUAGCAGCAGAGAAGGGUCAGGUGAAUUGCUGCAAGGACUUGAGAAAUUCAGUCAGUAAAAUUAUAGAAGAGGCGGGUGGAAGGAUUGAUUAUGCGGAGAUUGUAGACCAAGAAAGUUUAGAGACAGCUGAAGUGAUUGAAAGGCAUGUGGUAUUUUGCGUGGCUGCAUGGUUCGGAAAGGUCAGAUUGAUUGACAAUAUGGAAAUUAAUAUUAAUGCCUGAUAGUGAUGGAUGAUCAAGUUGGCAUUAGGGCCUUAGAGGUUGUGGUGGAUCAAACAAGGUUUGCCCCCUCUCUCCCAUCUUUCCUUUUUACAUUCUGAGUUGCAAUAUAAAAAUAAAACUUUAAUAGAUAAUGGCAUUAGGGCCUUGUAACCUUUACUAUAAUAUAUAAUACAUUCAAAGAAUUCAGCAGUACAAGCUA